AUGCAGACCGCCACCGGUAAAAUGGCGGCGAGCACUGGUGGAGUGCUCAGACAUGCGGACAAGAGCAGGGUGGGCUUGAGUAUGCUACCGCAAGGGGUGGAGUAUCUGCACGAAAAAGUGGAGGCAGCGAUAGGGAUCAAGCAGGUGUGGGUCAGCCAGAACAUGCGGCGACAGGGGAUUGCCAAGCGCAUGUUGGAAGUGGCGCGGGCACGAUUCUUUUACGGCUUCGUGGUUCCGCGGGGCAAAGUGGCCUUCUCCCAGUUGAGCACAGCCGGCUACUCGUUCGCCCGCGCGUACGUCAAGCCCGGGAAGCUGCUUGUGUACUAA